CUCCGCGCCGCAGCUUCACCCACUCCGUCCAGCACCGGAGCCUCGCCGCCAUGUCCGUGCGCGCGGGCCGCUCCAGCAUCGCCAGCCUCGCGGCGGCGAGCGAGCACAGCGCCGCGUCCACGUCGUCGCCGCCGCGCCGCCGCCACGCGCGCACCGCGGCGCUCAACUCGUCGCUCAACGGCUCGCUGGCGUCGCUUAGCUCGCUCACCGCGCCGCCGUCGGGCGCAGCAGCGCCGGCACUCGACCCGAUGGCCGUGGGCGACGCCGACGUGGUGCUGGAGCGCAUGGGCGUGCGCGAGGCGACGGCAUGGGCCGAGCGCGUCGGCACGGCACACGCGGCUCUGCAGCAGGACCUGCGCAGCCUCGUCUCGGAGCGCUACCGCGACAUGCUCACCACCGCCGACACGAUCAUCUCGAUGGGCGCCAGCUCCACCUCGCUCGUCACGCACCUCUCUGCCGUGCACGCGGGCGCCGACUCUGCAGCGCCCGCAUCGCGCGGCACAGCGUCGAGCCGGCGUGAUGAUGGCGAACGCGCCGAGGAGCGGCAGGCGGCGCAGCUGGUGCAGAUGGCGGCGAGCCUGCGUCUUGUGCAGGAGGCGCCCGGCGUGCUGUGGGAGGCCAUCGCGCCGGCCGGCGAUGAGGCGACGUCCGCGGCGCCGCGCGGCGAGGCGCAGCAGCCGGGCGCCGUUGAGCCGGCUGCACUCCUGCGCGCAAGCUGGAUUGCGCGGCUGGCCGACGCUGCCUGGCAGGCAUGUCAGCAGAUGGACGCCGACGUGCAGCGCCUCUUCCCGUACGUGGCCGCGCAGCACGAGGCGCUGGCCCCGCUGCGGCUGCGCAUCUCGGCGCUCGUCUCGGCAGCGCUCGAGCGCGUCGGCAGCUACUCCGAGACGAUGACGCUGCUGCUGUGCAGCAGUCUGCUCUCAUCAGGCGACAGCGCGAAGCUGCUCGGGCUGCUCCUGCAGUGCCGUCAGGACGGCAUCGACAAGGCCCUCACCGCGCAGAACACGACGGUCACGCUCUCCGCCGCGCUGCGAGCCUACAGCUCGACUCUCGUCCAGGCGCGUCGGGCCUUUACGUCGAGCGCGCCGGGCACGCCGUCCCAUAUCGCAGAACUCCUCAGCGUCCUUGCGCUGCCAGACCCUGCCGCCGAUGGCAGCAUGGCUGCAGUCAGUCCGCCCGCUUCGCGAUCGCCACGGGACAGCCGCCGCAAGUCGAGCUAUGGCUUCGCCGUGCAGUCGCAGGCAGCGAUACGACCAUCAUUCCCGCCUUCGGCCAUGACCGCCCUGCAGACGAUGCCCAGUGCAAGCCUGAUCGCGCAUCUGCCCGCCAGCGUGCGCGGACACGUUGUCGCAGAGUCGGCCAGCGAGUCGUCCAGCGCAGAGACGCAGAUCGCGGCGUGGGCAGAGGCCACGCGGGCGACGUUCCUCGCACGGAUAGACACGCUUGUGCAACGGCUCGGCACUGUGCAGGCCCUGGGUCACGCUCAGGCAGCGGUGCAGUCGGCGGACAAGACUGCACGGCAUGAAGUCCGUGCGCUUGCCGGCGAGCGAAAACGCGUGACGCGAAGCGAGUACGUGGCGUUCGCAGAUGUGCUUCUUGAGCGCCUGGCGCAGCAGAGCCUGCGCGUCGUCGAGAUGCAGGUCGGCCGCGUCGUGGCUGCCGUCGAGCUUGGCGCGCGCACUGCGACCACGCAGCCAGCGGUCGAGAUAACGCCGCUCGCCUUCCUGUUCGAUUUGCCAGCAGAGUCGUCACAACCGCAUGCCUCAUCUUCAUCUGCACCAUCGCUGUCAAUGCGCCUGGCACAGCGGACCGCCUCGCUGGACGCCUCCUUGGCCGCCGUUGAGGCUGCUGCCAUCGCUGCCGGCGCAGACGUGACCUCGUAUGCCCGGCGCGCGCAUCGACAACGGCGGGGCGGAGGUGCAGAAGAGGCUACGAUGCCAUCGGCACACGAAGUGCUCCGCAGCGAGAUCGUGGCCCGCAUGAGUGCGAAGCUGCUCGCCGCUCUAGAGGCCCUCUUGGCCGAGACGCUCGCCGGGAUCGAGCCACAAGAAGAACGAGCACGAUCUCUCGGCCGUCUGGCCGCUGGCCUGGCUGCCUCGCGCACAUUCCGGGAGGCGCUUUGGCCGCCAUCUGCAGGCACCGACGCGUUCGCGAGCGUCCAGUCGGCGUUGCUCGACAUCUACCGACGCAGCAUGGCGCCGUGGAUAGCACAAGCUGCAGGCGCUGCAAUGACCGCGAGAAGCAUGGCCUCAGAUGCGCAGCCUCGAUCAGACGAUCCGUCUCGCGCUUCCGAGCCGCUUCUCCGAGCCCUGUCAUCGCUGGCAAGACGCGUGCACGCUGGCGGGCUCGGCUGGGGCAACGCGGAGCUGACAAAAGACGCGCUCAGCGCCUUUGUGCGCGAGUGGCUGGCAGCAGGCGACGUGCAAGCAUCCGACGCCCAGCUGUUGCGCACGCUCCUUGCAGCCAGCGGCCUGGACACGGCGCCUGUCGAGAAGCUGGCAGCGUCGUCGGGCCGCGACGAGCUUAGCGAGCGCUCUCGGCGAGGGCAGCUGGCAGGUCUGCGCCUCGAGCUUGCGCCUUUUCUGCCGCCCGACUUUGCGCGCGAGCUGGCCUCGGCGCCAGAGGCCGACGUAGCGCGAGCAUCGCCAUCACCCGACGGACCUUCUCUGCUGCGCCUGGCGCAGCCAGCCCGGGACCUGCCGGCUCCGCAGCUCGUGUCUGCCGAGGCGGUGAUGCAAUAGAUUACAGUGCUCAACCGUGUACGAGCGCCGCCUCCUCGUCGCGGAUCGAGUAGAGCCACUGCGAAGGUCAUUAGCGACAGCGUGCGGGCGACGCGACGGAGCCACUCACGCAUUUGCCCAGCUCGGCGAUGUGCUCGAGAAUCUGCUUGAUAUACUCGCGCUCCUCGCCGCCUUCAAUGCGCUCGCGCGCGUACGUGGCAGCACAGAGCUUGCGGAACGAGGCGCCGCCCA